CAGGUCUAGAAAAAAAGGGAGAUGCAAACGAAUGACCGUCACACACGUGAAUGCCUCGAGAACUCAUAAAAAUAGAAAACUCUGUUUACGCAGAUAUCAUAUAUGCGUAAACAGAGAUUUCCAUUUUCAAGAGCUGAUAGAGGUUGUGCUAAGAAAACGCACCCUCUGGGAAUGGAAGAUGGGAGCAUUCCUGACUCGAGUAUCACGGCUUCGUCUCAGUAUUCCCAACAAUACGCCCCUUAUUACGGACGACUGAAUAACCAACGAGUUAGCGGGAUACACUGGGGUGCAUGGGCAGCCAAGACCGUACGAAAAGCCGAGCAUCUACAAGUGGACCUGGGCCGAGUCACAUGGAUUACCCAUGUUGCAACGCAGGGGCGCCCUAUAGGAAACAAUGACCAAUGGGUGUCUGAGUACAGUGUGGAGUACAGUCUGAGGGGUGAUCAGUGGCAGAGUUAUCAAGACGGGAAUGGUGUGACUAAGAUUUUCCCUGGUAACUCAGACCGUACCACUGUGGUGAAGAACGAGUUCUCCCCUUUCAUCAAAGCGCGUUUCGUCAGGGUUGUAGUUCAGGCUUGGUAUGAUCAUAUCACUAUGAGAGCGGAGUUUUAUGGAUGUGCAGCUUGACUUAGAUAUCUUUGCACUGGGCUAUUCCAUUUUAGAAUUCCAUUCUUGGUGAAGGGUGCUAGUAUUUACUUGAGAACCUUUAUUAAAUUUCUAGAAAUCAUAGUUUAAAUUCUAGAGAAGAUUUUAGAAAAAGAGCCCGCUUAAGACACAGGCUGAUGUCUUUUGAUAGAUAGAUAUAUAGGCAAAUAAUUCAUGUAAUUUUAGCGAUCAGACAGAAACCAAAUUAAAAUACAACCUGCAACUUGCACUUGCACAAUGUCUAUUGCGGCCUUGCGGCCAAAAUUAAUCUGCAGCUGUGAACUUGAUAGAUUGAAUUUCAAAUAAAGAGAUAAUUAAAAUAAUCACUACAAA